AUGACAAAUUUCCCAAUCGACCAUUUUAGACGCCGUAGUCGAUCCCGAGAUAGAUGGACUAUCGCUGUUAACGCUACUGACCGUUGGAUUGGAAACUCCAUCGCUUGUGGUCUCUUGAGAUGGGAAGAUGAAAAUCGUCUCCUGCAAAGAAGACGCGGCAGAAGAGACGGAAGAGAAGAAGAUUGGGAAGUUCGUGCUCUCACCAGCAAUCCUGAAUCACAUCAUGUGCGUGAAUUGAAACGUGAAGGCGCAAGAGUUUGCGAGACAAAUUACAAAGAUCGGUCAUCACUUCGAGAUGCUCUUCGCGGUGUAGACUGGUUAGUCCAUGUUGUAGAAAGCAGACGUGAGCGUGUUAGAGAUGCCGAAGAAUUGGCUGUGGCUGCCAGAGAACAAGGCGUCCGAGGGGUUAUUGUUUUGUCUCUCCGAGGAGCCGAUGAAAAAUUAACCCGAACCCAUCGUGAAUAUCAUGAAAUUGAAAAAUUGUGGCAAAAAGAAGUCCGAAAUGCUGUUGUACUAAGGGUCGAGUUUAUAACCCAAGGCUUCUUUUUAUGGAGUGACAAUAUCCAAGAAGAAAGUGCACUUAACAUGACUCUUGACGAAGAACGCGAUCGAUUUGUACCGAUUGAUUUAGAUGAUAUUGUUCGAGCUAUCGAAGAUAUCGCUUGGGACCGUGAAGGCUACGAAUUAGACGAACUUGAAUCAAAACACCGUCAUCAAGUUUAUAACCUUACCGGCAGAGAUUCCGUUUCCCCCGGUGACAUUAUCGACAUUAUCAAUGACAAUAUCCGUGGUGAAAUUUACUAUGAACGAGUCAAUCGUAAUGAACUCCGUGAUUAUAUAAGAAGUCUAGAUGGGGAAGGUGAUGAUCGUUAUCGCCGUCGCGAAUUUGUUGACAUCGAAAAACGCCGCCGUGGUGAAAAACGUGGCCGCGAAUAUGAUCUACGUUCAUUCCUGCCAUUUAACGAAAUCGAAACAGAAAAAGUCCUAGAUAUCUUGCUCUACAUUAAAGAAGGUCGUGAACCUGACCGAGUCUCUGAUGACUUUAGAAGAAUUACUGGAGAAGAACCAAGAUCGAUUGAUGAAUUUUUCAGAGAAAAUGCCGAUGAAUUCACUCCAGGCGGCCGCGGAGCUCAUCGCCGACGUGGUCGUCGUGGUGAAAGUCGUGAACGUCGUCGCGAAAGUCGUGAACGCCGUCGCGAAAGUCGCGAACGUCGAGGACGACGCGGCCGUCGUUACGACCUCGUAAACAAAGCGCAUAAUCGGUUCCAACAGAGCAGAUUCUUUGCUCAUCUAUGA